AUGGCUGACACUCCUGUGGCACCCGCGCCCGAGAAGACCGUCGCGCUCGCUGACGCUGACGCCGUGCCUGCGGCGGGGACGCACGCGAAGAUCACGCGGGUGCAGGUUGUCCAGCACCCCGCAGACGGUGGCACGUCGAGUGGGGAAGAGGACGAGAAUGAGGAGGAGGCCGGGGAGAUCGACGACACCCAGAUUCUGGAGGACCUGCCUGACAACACGGAGGACAUUGAGCUCAUCCAUGCCCGUCUGAACUCUGCGAGCGUCGAGAAGCUAGGGCUCCCUCGCUUUGGCGGCCACCUCAAGCGACUCUGCCUCAGACAAAACUUCAUCACGCAUGUCAACUCGGAAGUGUUUGGUGCGCUCACGGCCCUGGAGGACCUUGACUUGUACGACAACAAGAUCAAGCAUGUCGGGACGGCGCUGAACACCCUCAAGAGUCUCGUGUCUCUGGACCUCUCCUUCAACAUGCUCAAAACCGUCCCCGAGGAGCUCGAGAACCACCUCUCCUCCUUGAAGACAAUCUACUUCGUUCAGAACAAGAUCUCGCAUAUUUCAAAUCUGAGUGGUCUCGCUGCGACCUUGAGGAGUCUUGAGUUGGGCGGAAACCGCAUUCGCAGGAUCGAGAACCUGGAUGCUCUGGUCAAUUUGGAAGAGCUGUGGUUGGGGAAGAACAAGAUCACUGUGCUAGAGAACCUUGGCGCGCUCAAGAAGCUCAAAAUCUUGUCGAUGCAAUCAAAUCGUAUCACCAAACUCGAAGGGCUGCAGGACCUAUAUGGGUUGGAGGAGCUCUAUCUGAGCCAUAAUGGUAUCGCACGACUAGAAGGACUAGAAAAGACAAUGAAACUGCGAACCUUGGACAUCGGCAACAAUUUCAUUGAGGUGUUGGAGAAUGUCUCACAUCUAUCGAGUUUGGAAGAGCUCUGGAUGAACAACAACAAAAUCACAUCCCUACAAGCCAUAGAACCCCAGUUGAAGCACAUUGAGACCCUGGAAACAGUAUAUUUGGAAGGGAACCCGGUGCAGGGCUCCGAAGGCGCUGCGUAUCGCAGGAAAAUCAUCCUGAUGCUUCCGCAGAUCACCCAGCUCGACGCGACAUAUGUCAAGCGUCCAGGAGCGUAG